CCCCCUCCCAGUCCACUCGCCGGAGCCGCUGGCCACGUCUCAAAACACCGCCGGGACACGAGCGGGCGGUCGGGAGGAGCAGCAGCAGCGCAAGGACAGAGGACAGAGGACGGAGGAGAAAGGACACAGGACAGAGGAGAGGACGCUUGAUAGAGGGGAGAGGACGCAGGAAAGAGGACGCCGGACAGAGGAGAGGACGCUGGACGGAGGACGCAGGACGGAGGACCGAGGUGGGGCAGCAGCGCUGCGCGCGUCUGGACCGGAGAGCACGCGCUCCGUCUCCAGGCAGCGGGACCCAAAACAAAGCUAAAGUAAUCCUCCGCCACCAUGCUCCGCUGCAGAGUGAACCUCAGCACCAUGAUCUUCCUGGUGAUCCUGCAGGGCGCAGCGGUGGUUCUGUUCUGCGGCUGGUAUGUCCAGCUCAGUCCCUGCGGCUCCGCCCCCUCCAACGGCAAAGUCCACGUCCUGCUGUUGUCGUCGUGGAGAUCCGGCUCGUCCUUCGUGGGUCAGGUGUUCAGCCAGCACCCGUCGGUCUUCUAUCUCAUGGAGCCAGGGUGGCAUGUGUGGACCAAACUUCAGAAACCCGGUGCGCGGGUUCUCCGAAUGGCUGUGAGGGAUUUGUUCCGAAGCAUAUUCCAGUGUGACUUCUCUGUGAUGGAUGCCUACCUGCCAGAGAACCACCAAGUGUCCUCCUUGUUCAUGUGGAGUCACAGUAGAGCCCUGUGCUCACCGCCGGCUUGCCCGCUUUCGCCACGCGGUCAGUUCAGCAACCAGACUCAGUGCUUCAAGACGUGCAGUACCACUGGUCUGUCGGAGGUGGAGGAGGCUUGUGGCACUUACAGUCACGUGGUACUGAAAGAAGUGAGAUUCUUUGAGCUGGAAUCCCUCUUCCCGCUCUUGCAGGACCCGAGUCUAGAUCUACGCAUCAUCCACCUGGUCCGAGACCCUCGGGCUGUGGUGCGGUCUAAAGAGGAGUCGGCCAAAGCCUUCAUGAGCGAUAACGCCAUCGUCCUGGAGCAAAGGAGCAUACCGGCACCCGAGGUGCAGUACCAAGUCAUGAAGGAGAUCUGCCAAAGCCACGUCCGCAUCAAUGAGAGGGCCAUCCUGAAGCCCCCUCCGUUUCUGAAGGGUCGCUACAAAAUGGUCCGCUAUGAAGACGUGGCGCGCAACCCGCUCGAGGAGAUAACUGCCAUGUAUGAAUUUGUAGGCCUGGAGGCGACCAGCCAGCUGGAGGAUUGGAUCUACAGGGUGACUCACGGAAAAGGCAAAGGCUCCAAGAAAGAGGCCUUCGAAAUCACCUCCCGGAACGCCGCCGACGUCUCCCAGGCUUGGCGCACCGUGCUGCCGCACAGCAAGGUCAAGCGCAUCCAGGAGGUGUGCAAAGGGGCCAUGGCGCUGCUCGGAUACAGGACGGUCCACAGUGAAAAGGAACAGAAGAAACUGGACAUAGAUCUACUAAUGCCACAGGAGCCGUACCAGUUCAGCUGGUUGCCAGAUGAAACAGAGCGUCCUAGUAAUGGUUAACUAGACGCCACGAGACUACAUUGGACUGACUGCCUGUUAUUUUGUUGGGGUUUAUUGGUAAUGAGUGCUUCCACAGAUUGAGCAACUAAGCAACUUCCAUGAUGUCCGAGUUUAAAGCAUUGGUCUGUGAUGAAUACAGCCUUCACACUGUCAUAGGUCCCUGGUACUUGAAACUGCCCAUUGCCUGCAUCCACUGAGAGGAAUGAGUGUGUGGAAACCCCUGAGGGGAAUGUAAUAGCCAAUACAUGUAAAACAUGGAUAACAACAAGGGUGAAUCAGUCUGCCAGUAAUCUUCCACGAAGUUGUCAAUGUAUGACGUGGGAGGUGAGAUCCGAGGGACGCACGACUACAACAGAGGGUUAACUGACGAUAGAUUUCGAGGCCUGGAGAACGCUGCAGCUCAUACUUUCAGAACACAUUAGCCGAUCCACUUCGGUCUGCUGGCAUUCAGCCUUAUUGCCUGAAGUCUGCAGCAAUUACGCAACUGGUUUUGGUUGCACUGCCCCAAACUUUUUACAAUUUCGGUUAAUUUGCAUUGCACUGUGUUUGUGGAACUGCCAUUUUAAUUCAGUUGGAGAAUUAGGCCGGGGGAGGAGCGUCCUGUUUGGGGAGGAUGUGGUUCUGUUGGCUCCACCGGGCCGUGACCUUGGGCCAGUGUAAUGAGAUGUAGGUAGUGACUAAAAGAAUGACAUCACGGAUAUUGAUUUGUGAUAUUGGGCUUGACAAAUAAACUGAAUACCAGAGAGGAGAGCCGUGAACGGGGUCGGGGCCUCUGAUCGGGAUGGACGUCUCCCUUUGAGAGGUUUUCUGGGUAAGGCGUCCUGGGGUAGACCCAGAGCACGCUGGAGGGAUUAUGUAUCUAGUCUGGGAACGCCUCAGGGGCCCCAUAGGAAGGCCUGGAACAGGGACGGUGCACUGCUGCCCCCACAUCCUGGUCCCAGAUAAGCAGAACAGAGAAUGUAUGGCGAGAUGCACAUCGGGAAGUUGACAGUGAAUGAAUGUCAUGAUCAGGACAAAGACACAGAGGCUGUGUUCUCUCAGGGACUCUGGGCCGUGUCCAGGCCUGAUCCUCGGUGGAGCCGCUGCCACCAGGCAGUGUGUACCAGAGAACUGAUGUCAACUCCUUUUGAAUCCACCUUGUUGAAGCUGGGCGUCACGCCAGCGUCCCCCACCAGGAGACCGCUGAUCCCUCAGAGCAGGAGAGGCCACGGGCUGGUUGCUAAUGUUAUUGGAUGGACGUCCAUCAGGAAGCACAGCGAAGUCGUUAGCCCGUUGCUGAGCUCGAUGGACUGAAUUUAAAUGAGCAAAGAUACACUUGCACCAGGCAGGAACACUCUGUUUUCAAAGUAGGUCUACAACUGUGGAGACAUUGCCCCCCGGAUUGGUUUCAGGUGUCCAUGACCACCGAUUGGUCAUUGCUCUCCCCCUGGAACAUCUGGUAAAAACAUCUGGUUGAACCUCCUCCCCAGCACACACGAGGGACAUCUGGUUCUGGUUCUUUCCAUGUUUAAAUGACUCAGAGGGCUUUACUUGUUGCCCCCUUGAAGCUCCUGAAGGGCAGCGCCGCCCACUGAAGCGUACGCUCACAUGACCGUGUUGUGUUGUCUGAUUAAUGAUCAGGUGUCCCAGUUACCGACAUAAAGAUUGUGUUUGUUUUGUGUCAGGUCGUAAAAAAAAGGAAUCAACGUGGAUUUAAGGUGAACCCCUCAAGACAUUUUAUUAUAUUUAAGGUGAACUUCUCAAGACAUUUCAUUAUAUUUCAGGUGAACUUCUCAAGACAUUUCAUUAUAUUUAAGGUGAACUUCUCAAUACAUUAUAUUAUAUUUAAGGUGAACUUCUCAAUACAUUAUAUUAUAUUUAAGGUGAACCCCUCAACACAUUUUAUUUAAAGUGAACCCCUCAACACAUUUAAAAAUGACCAAUGUGUAAACUGGAAGCUGCACUAAUCAAUAGUUGAACCCCGGCUCAGAAGUGAAAGGGGUCGUUGAAGUCUUCCCAACAUGUAGAACGUGGCUCUAAUAACUAAAUGCUCAAAUGGUGAACCUUUAAAAAAAAAGUCUCCAUCCAAAUAAUUUGCAUCAUAUAUAAUUUGCAUCAUAUAUUUUUCUUUUGUUUUUUUGUCGUGUCUUCUUUCACACAGUCUAAAUAUUAUGGGACAAAGAAGGUUUCUCAAAGCGGGCAUCGGCCAAUCACGUUGUGCCGAAUCGGUUGAGUUGCGGCAAUAUUUAUAUAAAAACACAACACAGAUGCCAAGAAGGCAAAACUGUAUCGCUCCUUUCAACCUUGACAAAGCCAGUGCGGAGCAAAUGACAACUUUCCAAUUCUUACCUUUCAUAAUAAAAGCCCUAAACACAUGA